CGAAAGGAGCUGCGUGUCUGCCGCCUCGUCUUCGAGGUGAGGGCUGGACGCCUCCCGUCCCGUCUCCGGUGGUCUCGGCAAUAUCUUAAGAUACUAGAAGAGGACUUUACAGUACCAAGUCAGAGAGAAAUUUGUGUCAUACAUCAAAAGCUAUGAGUGUGGAAGCAUUAGAUGAUGAUGUGGGAGAUGAAGACAGUGAUUUUCUUGGUCUCUGUGCUCCAGAAGACAGCAACACUACGGAAGAUAUUGAUGAAGUUUUGCACAUAGGUGUUCGUAAUCUCAGCCUCUUGGAUAAUGGAGACGAGGUGCUGAAAUAUUUGGAAUUGAAAGUGAAGCAGGAAGGAAAUGAAGUUGAAGAAAAUGUAGAUAGAGCAUUUGCUGAACUUACUUCUUCUCUCCUGUCAAGGAAAAGAAAAUUGUGUGCAGAAUUAAUGAAGAGCAUAAACACCUACAGUGCCGAUAUUGCAGAAGCUAAGGAAGUCAUUGAAGAGAAAAAAAAGUGCUUGACUGGUGCCAUAAGGCUUGCAGAGGAAUUAAAAAUUACGCCUUCUCUAAGAACCCAUUGUGAUCUCGCUCAGGUCAGUUACAAUUUGAAGUUGCCAGUCAAGGCUGACCUCGCAAGAGUGUAUAGUUUGGAAAAAAGAUCUCCAAGAUUGUUCCUGAAUACUGAUGAGAUUACACCUUUGAUAAAAAAACUGGGCAAGAUUGAAUGGGAAGCAACAGGGCACGAAGACGAUGAGCUGUACAUUCGUCUUGAUAAUGAAGAAGAAAUGCUGGGCUGUGAUACUGAAUCAUCUGUAGGGAAUAUGCCUCUGGCACUUAGCAGAGAAAGUAAAAUGAAGGCUCUUGCAAAUAAACUUGAUGUUCCCAAAGAAGUGAAAAGUACUCAGGUACAAGAAACACUUCCUGUGAUAUGUCAUCAGAGUAUUCCGGCUCCACCCGAUUCUCCAUCCAACCGUGAUGUUGUAAUAGAAGAAGUAUUUGAAGAUGACCUGGAAAUAUUUCCCACAGAUGAUUAUGCUGAUGAACAGAGGAAGAAAGUCUUCAAGAAGGAAACAAGCAAAACUGGUUCAACAGAACUAGUGUUCGUAAGCCAUGUCGUAAAUCCAUGCCACUUCUAUGUUCGGAGAUACUUCCAGAAGAAAGAAGCACGGGUUUUGGAGACAAAAUUAGAAAACUUUUGUUGUAAUAAGAGUUCAUAUCUCUUGCCUUCAAAUGUUUUGGAAUUAGGUGGUAAAAUUUUUAUUAAGAACAGGGAAACUGGAAUGUGGUGCCGUGGAACUAUCACUGAAUUAAUUCCCCUAAAGAGUAAACAUAAGAAGAAUUCUUGCCCAGUAAGACACCGAGUUUGUGAUAUUGCACUGCUGGAAAUAUUCCUGAUUGAUUUUGGGAGCUCUGUAGUUCUAAUUUUCUCAGGAUAUGUUCCCGCUGAAAGGCCUGAAACUGCUACUCAGACUAUUGAAACAGAUGACAUUUGUUUGUUUGUAAGGAAGCCUGAUCAGAAUAUUGAGGCAGAACUUGCAGCUAUUCCUCCUUUAGCAGUACGAUGUUCACUGAAGGAUCUUGUUCCCAAAAAUGCAAAUGAAGGUUGGAGAGAGGAAGCAAAGACAAAAUUUUUAGGAAUGGUCAAUAAUACAGCUGUUUCCAUGACCAUAUUUAGAGAAGAGGAUGGUGUUCUCAUUGUGGAUUUGAGAAAACCUCCUCUUAAUAAAAUAAGCAAUAACAUGCCAGUGUCUCUCAAGGAUGCAUUAGUUUUUUUAGACUUGGCAAGGUUUAGAUUACAGCUAGAAAAUCAUACCAUCUCACAGUAUGCCCCACCUAAGAUUCCGCAAGAAGGAAAAGAAGUCUCUGUUGCAGUAUGUCACAUUAAUAGCCCAACUGAUUUCUAUGUUCAGUUGAGAGAGCGCCUCGGUUCUUUGGCUCUUUCCAAGAAAAUUCAGGACGUCUAUAAAUACGAGCAUGGGAAACACUUUGAAAUUGUCUGCCCGGUUGAAGGCCAAGCCUGUGUUGCAAAACAGGAAGAUGGGAAUUGGUACAGAGCACAGGUUAUAGGGCUGCCAAGUCGUCAAGAGGUUAUGGUAAAAUAUGUUGACUUUGGUAAUGUUGCUACCUUAGCUGUUAAAGACAUACGCAGAGUAAAAACGGAAUUUCUGAGCUUACCAGAAAAGGCAAUCAGGUGCGUGCUGGCUUACAUUGAGCCUUAUAAAGGGGCAAAUGAGUGGAACAGAGAAGCCAAGGAAAGAUUUGAAGAAAUGACUGAAGAUAAACUUAUGCUGUGCUCAGUUGUUGACAUUUUAGAUAACACAAUCCUAUCUGUUGAACUCUUUGACCCCUCUGCUGUUCAUGGAAGAAGCUUUAGUAUUAACUUCCAGCUAGUUAAAGAGAACCUGGCAUCCUACAUACCUGGAUACACUGAAAGUACCACUGCAGGACCCAAAGAAGUAUGGGACCUUCCUCUAGAAGAAAAUCCAGAAACCUGGGAAGAUAAAAAUACUGUAGACGUGAUAUCUGUGCGUGAAAGAGAUUUAAAAUCACUUUCUGAGAAAAUGCUACAAGUGAAAAUUAGUAAUGUUGUGUCUCCUAGCAAAAUCUUUAUACAGUGGCUGUCAUCAGAAAGUGUAUUGAAAAGUUUACAGGAGAAGAUGGCUACCAUCUAUGGAGAAUCCCAGCCCCAGUAUGUGAAGUGGGAGAGUAGCAUGCACUGUGCUGUUUACAUAUGUGCUUUGAAACAGUGGCAAAGAGGUCAGAUAAUCAGGAUUGUCUCUGAUACAAGUGCAGAGGUACUGCUGUAUGAUUCUGGAGCUGAAAAAACAGUGGAUAUCAGAUGUCUAAGAAAACUUAAUGAAAAUAUGAAGAUAAUUGAGAGAUUAGCAAUAGAGUGUUCCUUGGCAGAUAUAAGACCAACAGGAGGAAGCACGCAGUGGACAGCAACAGUGUGUGAAUUUUUAUCCUAUUACCUAAGCAGGGCACAAGUGAAAAUAACCAUACAGGGAAGUGAUGCGGCUCGCCCAUUGUCUGUGAAAAUUUAUUGCAGAGUUGAAACAGGACAAGUGAUUGAUAUUUCAGAACUCCUUAUUGAAAAGGGUUUGGCUUUCAGAAACAGAACUGAUAAAGCCAAUGUGCCUUGCUCAGACUCCAAGGAACGUCUUAAAGUACAUUUAGAGCAAGAGAACGCACGAGUGGAUGGUUCUAAUUCCCAGACGUCACAUGCAAGAAACAGUGCUGCUCCAGAGGAAAACAUCACUGUUUCAGGGAGUGAACAAAAGUCAUGCAAAAUGUAUAAGUCACUGCUUCAUUCAGGAGGAGAGGAAAUGUAUAAACCUGCCGCUAUACCUGCAGCAAAUUUUUUUCAAGCUGUAGUAACUUGCGUUGGAACUGAUGGAACCAUCUACGUAAAACCAAAAUCAUUUGAAAUUGCACUGAACAAACUGAUGAUUGAAAUGCAAAGGAACUUCAAAUGCUUUGGUCUUCCAGAACCCUACUGCUGGAAAAAGGGAGAAGCUUGUCUUGUAAAACAUUUAGAUAACAUGUGGCAUCGAGGUAAAGUUGUAAAACUUGGUGGCACUGCUGUCAAGGUACAGUACAUAGACAGUGGUUGCAUAGAGAGGGUUGCUCCAUGUAAGCUGUAUCCAACUACGUUGUAUACUGAUAUUCCUCCCUUUUGCAUACCGUGUCAGCUCUACAAGACGGUACCAAUUGGAAACGUUUGGAAGCUGGAAGCAAUACAGUUCCUUCAAGAUCUACUGCUUACAGAUCGAGAGGUUGGCAUACGUGUUCAGGAAUUACCAGAUAACCCGUGGGGCAAAUUAUCCAUCAGCCUUUAUUUUGGUGAAAUAUCACUUGCUUCCUUCAUGGCUUACCACAAAUACUGCGUUGCUGAAGAUUUUCACGACGUACUGCAGCUGGAGCUACUCCAAGGAUACGAUAUUGUUUGGCUUUCAUAUGUAUUGCCACCACUACCUAUUCCAGGAGAUAUCUUUCCUGUCAAAGUUACUCAUUUGGUGUCUCCUAACAAGGUAUAUGUUUCCCUUGAUCCUUAUAAACACCUUAGGAAGCUCUCUGCCACAGAAGGAGGUGCCAGCAGUGAUGCACAGUGGGAGAGCCUUGAUGAAGCCCUGGAAUGGUGCAGUGGAAAUGUGGAGUCAAUUCCUCUUCUAACGCAUUUCCAAACAGAAAUGCCUUGCCUUGCAGAAUACCAUGAUGGUUUGUGGUAUAGAGCAAAGCUUGUGUCCGUUGAAAAAUCUGAUCCUGUUAAGAUCCUGGUUCAGUUUGUUGACUAUGGUAAUUUUUCAGUUGUCUCAGCAAGCAGUUUACGUCAGAUGCCUUACGAAGUGCUGAAGUAUCCUGUUGAGGCAGUGCAAGUUGUGCUGGCUGGAUUUAAACCUGCUUUAAAUGACAGAAAUGUGAAAAGAAUUCCUUAUGCCCCCGAAUGGAGCGAGGAAGCACUGUGGGCUAUGAUAGAUUGUGUCGAAGGAAAACAGCUCUCCGCUUGCAUUCUUGCUCUUUCACCAGAGAUCACUGUUUAUUUGUAUGAUGAUGAAAAAAAUCCAGUUCAUAUGAAACUGGUAGAAAUGGGACUUGCAGAUCUGGAUGAGUGAUGCAUAUUUGGUGACAGAUUUCUCUGCAGUCAGAAGUGAACAGCUGGGGAGCAUUACUGUUGUCGUUCUGGAACAUGUUGUCAUUGUUGCUGUGUUUUUGAGUAUAAUGGAUGUGUUUUGGGUUGUCCUUGCACCUCCUUUC